GUGGGAUCUUACCCAUACCAUAUUGCUUGUCUCACUUCUCUAGGACCAAGGACUCAGAGCAGUUUCAUCCCAGGACCAAGAGCUGUUUCAUCUCUGGAAGCAAGCCACAGCUGGAUGUUCUCUCGCAUUUCAGCUCCGACUCUGGGACGUUUUGAGCGCUGAUGCAUGCCUAGGUAAAAUGUGUUGUGGUAUAGCCAAUGUAGAUAUUUCUUGCUGCAGCGUUUUUGUUCAAACGGAAGCCUUGGGCUUUAGUAGUAUUCGUGCCUAAGGAGGCUCUGAAAAUACGUAUCUGGGCUGAGGACCAGCACUCCCUGCUGAAGUCGAGUACACUAGUGAAGAACAAGGUGUUACUCAAACAUGAAAUAGCUUCAGAGUUUUUUUGGUAAACCGUGAAUUACUGAAAUCCCUCUAAUCUGCACGUUGAGAGGGAUUGCUAAUUGCAUGGUGCAUCAGUUUCCUGGAGCUUUUCUCAGACGGAGCAGUCUCUGCCAGUACGGACAAAAUCGGAACAGCACUGCCACUCCUCCCAGACAGCGAGUCAAGGAGGAGGACAGAAACAAGGUUGAUUUCUGAGCCAGGAGCAAGGAAAUGUAAAUCAAGCAAGACCAUAUUCACGUUUCUGUACACUGCAGCAUGAUGAAUAGAUCAAACUGCUCGUGUGAACAGAUGCCUGUUCAAAACAGUGAGAUACUUCUGGUUGCAGUCUACAGUAUUGUUUUUGCCAUCGGUCUGCCAGCAAAUUGCUUAACUGCCUACUUAACAUGGCUACAAAUCAAAAAGCACAAUAUACUUGCCAUUUACCUUUUCAGCUUAUCAUUAUGUGAGCUGAUGUAUUUGAGUACCCUGCCUCUCUGGAUUGUCUAUGUACAAAAUGAGCACCAGUGGACGAUGGGAUCAGAAACUUGCAUCAUAACAGGAUAUAUCUUUUUCUGCAACAUAUACAUCAGCGUUCUGAUGCUGUGCUGUAUAUCUAUUGAUCGCUAUGUGGCAGUAGUAUACUCUUUGGAAUCCAGAGGGACUAGAGAUCAGAGAACUGCAGUUUUCAUCACAGUUGUUAUCUUUGCUGUAGUGGCAGUAAUCCACUGCCCAGUGUUUAUUCUUGAUGAUGGCAGACAGACUUCAGGGCAGAAAACCUGCUUUGAGACCUUACCACUUGAGCCAACACUGGCUUAUUUUGGCAUUGCCAGGUUCCUAUGUGGAUUUAUCAUUCCCUUCGCAAUCAUCAGUUUCACAAACUACAAAAUUUUCCAAAAUACGAACAUAAGCAGCGGCUUAAAUGUUCACCAGAAAGCUAAAGUGAAGCACCUGGCAAUUGCCAUCAUCAUUAUUUUUCUCAUGUGCUUUGCUCCCUAUCAUGUGGUGCUCCUAAUAAGAGCCGUACACUAUAUUUUAUUUCCAAAUGAUUCGUGCUGUUUUGAACAGGAAAUAUAUACCACAUUCGUGGUAUUUUUGUGUUUCUCCACUGCAAACAGCAUUGCAGAUCCAAUCAUCUAUGUACUGGCUAGCAACAAUGUCAGAAAAGAAUUUUACAGCAUUCUGAGAAGAUGGCAACGUAACGCGUCCAUCACCCUGAGGACCGAUAGCGCCAAGUCAAGAGAAUCACAGGACGCAGCACAUGCAACAGAAAACAAAACUUUAAAGUAAGCUCCCCACGUUGGAAGGAAAUCCAGUGGUUCACAACACCUGUGGCAUUGCAGUCACGGUCUGGUGGCAGCAAUUCAAGUGUUCCCCAAAAAGAGGCUCCACGUUUGGGGCAUCACCACUCAGGGAAGUUUAGGUGAUGACAUCUCAACCUCAGCAUGGUUUUCUCAUCGUGAAAGACACAUGUAGGAGGAGUCCUGCUAAGGCUUUGUAAUAGAAGAGGCUUCUGCUGACUCGACAUCCAAGCUACUUUGAGUAGAUGCCCACCAAUAUUUCCAUUCUAAACCCUGCUCCAUAAGGGGCACAGACAGUAAACUGAGGGAUUUUGGUUCAAUUCCAGUAAAGUUUUAGGCUUUUAUUCUGAGGUGAAAACCUUUCCUCAGACACAUUCAGCAUCAGUAUAAGCUUCUGGAUGAGACUGUCCUGACUGGGAAGGAAGCUUUCUUGUGUCUCACAAAUGCAUGCUCUUGUGGUAUUUAUGAUUAAAUGCUGGAAAAUAAGAAACACAGGAAUAUAUUUUAAAGAGCUGAAAAUGAACCUAAUACAAAGGAACCACUGAGUUUACUAUACCAGAUGUCAGUAGAAGAAUGCAGACACCAAGAAGAGUCUUCUGUCCUGACUAGCUGCUAUGAGGGGCCAGAAUAAGAGUGACCAGAUUAGAACAUCUCAAUAGGAAUAAGCAGUCAGCUC